CCGCUUGCCACGCACUCCACCACUACCCACAACCGGGACAACGUCGCAUCCAAAGUGAAUUUUUAGGAGUAUAGUCCCCUGAAACUUGAUUCCCUAACGUUGUUCACAUCCCCGCAUCCAGAUUCCAACAGCAGCGUCUCGAACAGGGUGGCCAUAGAAACUCUAGGACUCGAAAUAACUUUCUCUAGACUAAAACUCCAUGUAGGCAACACGUUGGUCGAUUCUUUUCCCUUCUUUUUUUUUUUCUACCCUCUUCUUCUUCUCCUCCCCCCCACCUCCCAUCUACGAAAGCGUGAUACUUUCGUCAGUCGAUGGCUCAAGGUGGCUCUAGAGCUGAUUAUGAGCAUAAAAAUUCCCAUGCCCCUUAACGGUCGAUUUCUAUUCAACCCCAGAGGGAGGCGUAAUCCUGAAUGUAAGACAAUACAAAGACUGCUUCCAAGGGACUGGAACAUUCGACGACUGAAGUGAAAGACAACAUACAGCAUACUCAUCUCGAAUUGAUGAAAUAGAUGGCAGAGUUAGCCAGCCCUCAUUUCCACCCCAGCUUCCAACAACCACUUGACCCCUUCCACUGUGUCGUCUGUCCUCCUCUUUACAUGUUUCGUCAGCUGGGGGAAAAACUCCCAAAAAUGAUGCGGCAGACCCGGAUAAUAAUCGAGACGUGUCGGAAUCGAGUUCUCCUCGCGUAGGACUUGCUCGUAAAUCAAGGUCUCAUCGCGCAGAGUGUCCAGGCCACAGACUUGGAAGUACGUCGGCGGAAUGCCCACAUGGCCUCUGGGAUGGUUAAAAGGUACCAUCAGGGGCGAAUAGAUAUCGGGUUUGUACGCGGCUUUUCAGCAUGGUUUCUGUUAGUAGCUUUCUCGGCUGGCUUGUGGAACAUGCAUGUAGGGAUGAUCAUGCGCUUGAAUUGACAAGCCCGAGGAACGGUGGAAAAUUUCUGGUGCAAACACGGGAAGAAAAUAUGCACGAUCUUACACAGAAACGAGCGGACCAUCUCUGGCGGGGGUAUGGCAUAAGCCCGGUUCUCCUCGGCGCUCGUAUAAGCCUUGCGGUACUUUUCCGGUAGCACUGGCCAUGGGAGCAGAGGUGCAACGCUCAGAAAUUGACCCGUUACCGGCACAACAUUCUCUUGAUCGCGGUUGAGGUAAAGUACAGCAUUUGCGAUAUUCCCGCCAGAGGAGGUACCACCUAUUAUUAGGCCGGCGGGUAUCGACGCAGACGGAUGGAUUAGAUGCACAUUGGCUGCUACCUAGAUGCCAGGGUAUCGAUGUCAGUACGCUCUUCCCCAGAGUGGAAGCGCAGAGGACAAUCGCCCAAGUGUGGUUGCGCGCGAUACAUACCCACUGCAAGGUGUCAAGGCCAUCAUACACGGCGGUCGGAAAAGGAUGCUCUGGAGCCAGGCGAUAUUCAGGGCUGAUAACAACGACAUUGUUUCUCAGUGCUAUGGCGCGGUUCGACUCGAAAUCAUCGUGGCGACUGCCGAUGCAGAAACCGCCACCAUGGAAAAAGACAAACACCGGCAGCGUUGUACUGCGUCCAGCAGCCGGAUGUGCGGGAUAAUAGACAUGGGCGAGGAUUGAGGCUCCAUCGCGCGUAGGGAUCGUGAUGUCCCGUUCUAUGAUAUCUGGAUGAGGGCCUUGGGCGGAACGCGCUUUCGACUUCGCCUCAUUCGUCAACACACGUAGGGCGGGGAUGUCAAUAUCUGAUGGGAAAGGGGGUGAACUUCCUUGCGCAAGAAUCUGGAGAGGAGUCACAUAAGUGUGGCCGAACAGUCGCAAUUUCCUUCUGUUUUGGUUCUUAGAGGGUACAAACCGUCACAAAAUCCGGAUCAAGCAAUGUGCCAGCCAAGAUGGCAUCUCUCGCCAGCACCAUGGUAGCUCCUACUCGCCCAAGGUUCUAUCAGGGAGUCGAAGAUGUUAGUGUGAAGGUGCUUCCAGAGUCCAUUUCUUACAGCUGCCGUCCUUUAUCCCGACGACAAGCGACGGAAGGUGAAUGAGGGCCCGAGGCGGGAUGCCGCAACCCCCGGGAAAUGGCCCCACACAGUCUCGCGUCUUCAACGGGAUUCCGGCAGUCAGUCUCCAGCAUCCCCAGGGAAUACUAUUCAUACUCUUUAUCUCAUCCAAAUACUGUUAUUUCAGAGCCUCAGACUUUCCUGGCCUCUCCUCAGUUCGACGAAACAUUAUGACGGACACUCCGAAAUCAAUCGCAAUCAUUGGCGCCGGUCCGGUGGGCCUGUUCACUGCACUUCUGCUGGCGCAGGGCGGCGUGGAUGUCACGGUGAUUGAGGCAGGAGCUGGCAUCAACCAGUCUCCUCGAGCGGUGGCAUACUUCCCGCCAGUUCUCGAAGAGUUUUCCAAAGCGGGUAUUGUUGAGGAUGUGAUUGCUGCGGGAGAAAAGAAUGCGGACGGAUGCGACUGGAGGGACGCCGAUGGGAACCUGUUGGCCGGCAUUGACCCUCCUCCCAACGACCCAACGUUUGCCGUCUGCCUUUCCCAACCCGAACUUGGCGAGGUCCUUCUCAGGAAAGCUCUGGAAACAGGAAAGGUGAAGAUCUUGUUUGAGGAGAAAUUCCAGCGGCUGGAACAGCGCGAUGGCGCGGUCGCAUAUUGGACGGAGAAUCAGAAGAGCGGCCUCGAAACCGAACGCAUGUGCCGCUAUCUGGUGGGCGCCGACGGUGGGCGCAGUUCAGUGAGAAAGAGUCUCGGGAUCCAUCUGGAAGGAUACACGUUCGACUCGCUACAGUUCGUUGCCGUCAACUUUCAGUACGACUUGCGUGCAGCGGGUGGAUGGAAGGCGGCCAGCUUCAUCGUGGACCCAGUCGAUUGGGGCAUUGUUGUCAAACGUGGAAAGGGAACAAGCUGGCGGUUCGCAACCGGCGUCACAAAGUCAGAGCCCGAAUCCAUCUCCUCCUUGGGUCCAGAGACUAUCCAGCUGAUGAAGAAUCGGUUGGCGCGCAUUCUCCCUGGCAACACAGACGAGAUUCGGUACGAGGAAAUGGCGCCGUAUACCGUCCAUCAGCGCUGUGCGAGUGACUUCCGGAAAGGCGAUGUUCUGUUAGCAGGCGACGCUGCCCAUCUGAAUAGUCCUGUUGGAGGCUUGGGCCUCACUACCGGUCUUCUUGAUGCCGCACAUUUGGCCGAGGCGUUGCGUGAAGUCCUCAACCAAGGUGUCAGUCCGAAUGUGCUCACGACUUAUGCCGAUACUCGGCGCCGGAUUUUCCUCGAGCGGACAAACCCAACGAGUACGGCGAACUUGAUGAGACUUUGCUCACAAGAACCAGAACAUGUAAAGGAGAGAGAGGAGACUCUUGCUAGGCUAAAAGACCCCCACGAUCUUAUCACCAAAAGUAGAAUCGGGCUGCCGGACUUCUCCCUAACAAGCACAUCAGACAAGUUGUUCGACACCUGCGGCGAGGUGACCUGGUUUAUCUCAGUAACUCGGAUUCCGGAAUGGACCGAAGAAGAAUUCCGGCACCAAUACAAAGGCGUUCAUGCCGGUAUGACUCGCAUGGUUGCGGAAAAGCUCGCGGUCAUUCGAAGCUACAAUCAACUUCAGAAUACUCAGGACACGGUCGCAGCAUCACAACGCCCCUCUUGGGACUAUGUGACGUGCCUUACAUGGCCCAGUCUGUUCAUAAUCAAUGCUGGAUUCCAGGACCCGGACUACCAGGAACACGCGGGCAAGCAUAUUUUCUGCAGACUGGACCAGGAAGGCUGUAUAAUGGCUCAGGUACAGAAGCAUCUGAAGAGAUCGUCCCGGGACCCCGUCCAGUGCCUGCUAUAUCAUAAGAGGCGGGAUUCGCGCGAUGAGUUCUCGCCAGCCUGGUUUACUGAGCGGUCUGCGAAGCUCCGAAGCAUCUGGGAGUCCGAGCCGGGCAUCUACAGCUAUAUAGUGUGGCGCGACGUGACGCCCAAGACGGCCAAUUUCUUUCACGGGACGCAGUUUUCGGGCGGGUCGUGGCUCCAAUACAAGGGCCUGGAAACGUUUGGUUUUGAAACUACCGACAGUGCUCGUUCGUUUUUCAACAAGUAUAACAGUGCGAUAUUCGGCGAGCAUGCAGAAACGACGCAGCUGGUCAUUGGGGAGUCGGACUGGGUUAUUUGAGUGGGAUCUGACGUAUAUACCCCAGAAUGUUUGUUCAUUAGUUUAGCUGCUGCUUACGCAAUACUGCACAAGUCUCAACCUCAUGGAUAGAUGCUCGGA